AGCCUAUUUGUGCCUAUAAGUACAGAUUGGGAGUACUUUUGCCCCCUCCAAUGAUGGUAUUGUAGUAUAAAGGUCAGUCGUCCUCUUCGUCUCUAACAGUGCAGCCGCCUGCGGAACCUAGUGGGGGCGGCGGGGCGGGGGGCGCCCCCACCCCGCACAUCUCUUGAGCGUCUUUCCCCACCACCACGCGGCGCACACGCAGCCCACCGCGCGUAGCGUGCGUCAGUCUUUGUGUAUCCACCGUGGACUCCACACGAUGACACGGUGAACAAAGAACGCGGCUGUGAUGCGCCAAAACCGAGACAAUUCCACCUUAAAUGCCGUCGCGAGCGCCAUCUUCGGUCCACCUUAAGCGCACAUUGUGGCCGACAAUCGGCGAAGUGCCGAGCCGGCUUCCGUAGCGGUCCUCCAGCCGGGGAGUCGCACUCCGCUUCCAGCUUUAACACAGCAGCGCCACUUGAGGAACAACGAAUUCACUCGUUGUCAGGCCGAACCCCAAGGAGAACAUGUCCGGACCCAACAAGUACCGAGAGUGGAUCCUGGAAACAAUUGACUCUCUCCGCUCGCGAAAAGCGCGUCCGGAUCUGGAGAGGAUUUGUCGAAUGGUUCGGAGACGACACGGGUCAGACCCGGACCGAACCAGGGCAGAACUGGAAAAAUUGAUCCAAGAGCAGACUGUGCUUAAAGUUAGCUACAAGGGCUCCAUCUCAUACAGGAACGCGGCCAAGGUGCAGAGGAAAAGCAGAAAGAAGAGUGAAGACCCUGUGAACAACAACGGCGACAGCGCGCUCAGCUUCACCGACCAGGAGGACGACUCGGAGCCCAGCCCGUCUCAGCAUGCAGCGGCCAGCAAGAAGCGCGGCGUUCCCCCAAGCCCGAGGAGCGGAAACGAGGGCAUCGGUGGCGACGGGGCGGUGGCGGCCCGCCUCAUAGAGCAAGAGAAAACAAGUGCAGCCACGGGAGCACACGAAGUGCGUCCCGGUACCGGCCGCGACGAUGCACUUGGGGGAGACAUGCAGCCGAGUCCGUCCGGGGAUGACGCCCGCAACCAAACUUGCGCAGGAUGCGCCAGCAUAGGCAAACACACAGUGGCCCCGCAGCCCAAACUUCCAAUGGAGGGAGGGGACACCGAAUCUAACUCGGACCUGGGCGACCGGCUUGUGGCUUCAGUCCGCAGCCUGUCGGAGAGGAGCCACCGAGGGACCGCCGCCGCCGAUGGCACAGGCCCCGUGAAGCCGCUGGGGCUCAAGGAGAUUUUGGGCUGUCUGAGCAGCCAGGAGGAGCGUCUCUUCGAGGAGAAGCUGACCAGGGGCAAAGUCAAAGUGGUCAUGGAGAGAGAGGUGGUCAGCGGCAGGCUGCGCAGGACCCGCUGCGGGAACAUUACUCUUCCUCUCAGGGGGACGACGACGACGGAGGCGUCCGCUGAGAGUCUUGCAAAGAGCGCGCUGCAGCCCGCGAUAAAGGACAUUGAGCUGAUCGAAGAAGCCAGUGAAGAUGAUGGUGUGCAGGAGGACAGUGAGAAUGAGGAGGAUCCCAGGAGUUCUAAUGAGGAAAGAGGACAAUCAUUGGUCACCAUGACAACCGCAGCAACCCUGGUUGGGAAAACCAGUGAAGAUAGCAAGAAGACGUCGGAAAAGGAGAGCCUUGGUCAUCAUCUACAUCAUGACAAAGUCGUGGAUCCCCUCAGUAGGACCGAGUCUUCACGUCAUUUGGGUGCUCCUCCAUCUCUGUGCUUCACAGCAUAUGUGGAAGAAAGACCUGGCACAACUGAUCAGCCACUUAUGGAUGUGCAGAGUCAGAUCCACACCCAGCACACCCAGUCAGGCUUUAACGGUGAGUUCGUCUCUCCUCUGCGUGUGUGUGUGUGUGUGUGUGUGUGUGUGUGUGUGUGUGUGUGUGUGUGUUGUAGGUUUCAUAAGAUGGAAGGGGCCAGGGGUAGCCCAGCGGACUGGACUGUGUCGGAUGUGGUCACUUAUUUUACCAUAGCAGGUUUCCCUGAGCAGGCCACCGCCUUUGGAACACAGGAAAUCGAUGGGAAGUCCCUUCUCCUCAUGCAGCGUAAUGACGUCUUGACUGGCCUGUCAAUCAGACUUGGUCCCGCCCUCAAGAUCUACGAGCGACACGUGAAGGUUUUGCAAAAAACACACUUCGAGGAUGAAGACUGUACAUGAAACACAUAAAGAAUGUAACUCGGAAAAAAACAUGCACGAAACAAUUACGCUCUCCAAUAAACUUCCUGGAAUUAAAAAAAUAUAUAUUUAAAAAUCGUGUUUUUUAAAUAUAUUUAUAAGUGUCCACAAACAAUUGAACAAUGUUUCUCGAGGUAAUUUCAAUGACAAAGACUGUUUCAAAAACAAUUUCUUUGUCAUGCUAUCCCAUGUUUUGCUUCUGGGUGGGUACAGUUUAUCUACCCCUCCAUUUUCCAUACCACUUGUCCCAAGUCAAGAAUCAAACCCCAAACCUCAUCAGUGAUGUGCUAACCACUUGUGGAUACAUUUACGUGUUUAUGUCAUGUGAGGUAAAAGGUCAUUGUUAUCUGGUCAUUCUGUGUGCACAAUGAUCAGAACGAUCAUUUUAUUUUGAAGGGGCGGGGUGUUCAAUAACAAGUGGAUUUUCUUGCCCUCUCAACUCACUGACUGUUUUUCAUAUGCAUUUUGUUGCCAUGGAUGACCUCGGACGAUUGAGACUAAUAUUAGUUACAAUUGAUUGUGGUUGGUUUAGUCAGGGACAUUGAUAUUAGCACUCCCCUGAAGUUCAAUUGUUAAAAAAAAAGUUAAUCAGUUGAGUGGCUGUUGAGCUAUGUCUAUUAUAUGCAUCAAGAGUUCUGAGACAAUCCUAACAAAAGUGUAGCGGAAGUGAGGAGUUUUGCAACUUGUAAACCGCCAUGAAACCAAAUCAAGUGUUUUUGUGCUAAAGCAGAGACUAUCAUCAUACCAGGACAUAUUUACAAAAUGAUCAUAGAUCUUCAAAGUGCUCUUCGGGGAGCUUUAAUAGGAUAUGUGAUGCGAUGUGUUAUGUCAUGUCUCAGAUUGAGUUUCUACAUUGUUCAAAGUGAAACUACACAAACACCUGACAGUAUCUGAUCAAAAUGGAGCAUUAUUAUUUUUAUAAAAACUAAACAUUUUUUGUUUAGUUUCCUGUGACGUCAUCCUAUUGCCCAAGUGUAACCUAAUAUUGUGGAUGAUGCUCAUGGAGAACUAGAUGCUAUAUCUCCAAGGAAUCUGGGCCAAGCCUCAGUAAAACACAACAUACUUCUUCCCUCACACAAACAAUUGAUGUUGUUAAUUUAUAGCAUACACUUGUCAACAGACACACCAGCUAAGUCAACAGAGCAAAUAACUUAAUAUGUACAUAUGUAAAUAUAUUCGGGCCUCUUUGACAAGAAUUUGUGAAUAACAUAAAAGUGAUUCUGCAAGUGAAUCACAGGUUCAAGUCAAUCAGCUGCUGUCACACAAAGUCCGCCUAUUUAACACAAACUCUCACGACAAACAAACAUUCAAGCAUCUAGUUUGACAGCACAUAAAUGCUUAUUUUGUUAUUGAAAUAUGUAAAUGUGGUUCCGUUUUAUGAAUGGUGUCCUCCACAAGCAUGACUACCUCUUUCAUUUGCCCAUUUUCCACUCUCUUCAAUGUCCAAGAGCAAAUUCUCACUUCACAUUGAGGUGUUUGAUAAACCUUUUCCAUGCAGUUCAGAUGUUAACCAAAUUUCUUUGGUUUUCUCAUGUUGUACAGUCGAGUUUUGUCCUACUUGCUUGAAACCUUUCAAAAUAAAGUCUGAACAAAA